AUGACGCCUUUAGUUCUCAGAGAAAAUAAUGACACUAUAUGCUUCAAUACUGUCUACCUCCUGAAUCCCGAUCACAGCAAUAAUUCGUUUGCUCAAGAAAAAAUAAUUGAUGUACGGACAGACAAAAGUAUAAAGCACUUAUAUUUUAUUUUGGGCUCAAUCCAAGAUGAUAAUCUUGGUCUGCACGGGUUACUUGUCUUCGUAGAAUCCUUUGUGUUAAAUAACUACUGCUGA